CGUCUCUCACACACGCGCACACAGAUACCGAAGCGACAGCUCACUGGAGUAUGUUCAACAACGGGCGUUGGAUAUUACAGCCCUGAACUCUUACUUAUUUUUGCAUUAUCGGACAUAAACAUUUGACAGGAACUUGACGCUAAUAGAAGAGAGAUGCCGGAGGAAAAAGCGUUCCACCAGCAGGCCGUGCACAGUCCACUGGACCAGCAGAAGUCGGCGGGCGGCUCUGGUGGGGGCUCGCCCAUCCCGUGCCAGACCUGCGGGAAGCCCUGCAAGGGGGAGGUGCUGCGCGUGCAGAACAGACACUUCCACAUCAAAUGCUUCAUCUGCAAAGUCUGUGGCUGUGACCUGGCCCAGGGGGGCUUCUUCGUGCGGCAGGGCGACUACAUCUGCACGCUGGACUACCAGCGCAUGUACGGGACGCGCUGCUUCAGCUGCGAGGAGUUCAUCGAGGGCGAGGUGGUGUCGGCGCUCGGCAAGACCUACCACCCACGCUGCUUCGUCUGCGCCCAGUGCAAACAGCCCUUCCCUCCUGGUGACCGCGUGACGUUCAAUGGGAAGGAGUGCACCUGUCAGAAAUGCACAAUGCCAAUGGCAGCCGACAGCCCCGCCCCCAUCCAGGCUGUGCAAAACUGCUGUGGCUGUGGGAAGGACUUUCAGAAUGAGCAGUCUCUGGUGGCCCUGGACAAGCACUGGCACUUGGGCUGCUUCAAGUGCAAAGUGUGCAACAAAGUGCUCAACGCUGAGUAUAUCAGCAAGGAUGGGAUUCCCUACUGUGAGACGGACUACCACGCCAUGUUCGGCAUACAGUGCGAGAGCUGCAAAAAGUACAUCACUGGCAAAGUGUUGGAGGCUGGGGACAAACACUACCACCCAACAUGUGCCCGGUGUGCCCGCUGUGAACAGAUGUUCGGGGAGGGAGAGGAGAUGUACCUGCAAGGUUCUAACAUUUGGCAUCCACCCUGCAGACAGGCUGCUCGGAUAGAGGAGAAGAGUAAGGUUACCAGGACCUCCUCUGAAAGCAUCACCUCAGCACCAGCCUCCAGCACAUCGGGAUCCCCCAGUCGAGUCAUCUAUGCAAAGCUUGGUGAGGAACUCCUAGACUACAAGGACCUUGCUGCUCUUCCCAAAACAAAAGCGAUCUACAACAUUGACCGACCAGACAUGCUGUCCUACUCCCCCUACAUCAGCUACCCAGCGGACGAGAGAGUCUACGGAGAGUCACCCCAGUUGCUAUCCCCUACUCCAACAGAGGGAGAAGGAGAGAAAUCGCCCCGUCAAAGAAGGCCCUCGAGCCCCAGCUCCAACAGCUCUCUGGGUGGAUACGGACGCUAUACUCCUUCUCGUUCACCCCAAAACUACAGCAGGGCAGAACUUUACUCGGGGGCCCAGUACAAUGCCCAGGCGGGGAACUCCAGCUCCCUGCCCUAUAACGGAGCAGUCAGGUAUGCCAGUGGUGGCGCUAGGGAUUCCUCCUCGCUGCCCCUGCACUGCUCUGGGGCGGGCAAACAAGGAGGGCCGUUUGGGAGUGGUGGGACCACCCUCCCCCUUAACCCCACCACCCUGGCCAUGCUUCAGCAGCACAACUACAUCCCUUACUUCAGAGGUAGUGAAAGUGGUCGGAGUACCCCGAGUCUGUCCACCUACUCGGACGGGAAGUCCCCCUCGUCCACGUACGUUGCGGCGCCCCGCCACUUCCACAUCCCAGAGACUAAGGUCAAAGAUAAUAUCUAUAGAAAGCCCCCUAUCUACAAACAGCAUGCGUCCAGAACAUCAUGGCAGGACGGAGACGAAAUCGACCGAAAGACCAGGACCAGCUGGAUGAUACUGAAGAAUGAGAUCGACGGCCAGUCCCCUGACAGCAUGGACCCCAGGACCUCCACCCACAGCCUGCCCAUCGACACCUCACAGCCCAAUUUCCCAUAUAACAAGUCAGCUUCUCUACCCGGCUAUGGAAGAAACGGAAUAUACAAGGCUGCUGAUCUUGGAGAGGAUGACCAAGACCAUGACUCCAACUGGGGAGGAAUGAGAGAGUAUAAGGUUUACCCGUAUGAAGUGCUGGCCGUAACCCACCGAGUCCGAGCGAAGCUGCCGAGGGAUGUGGACCGCACCAGACUGGAGAGGCACCUGUCCCCAGAAGACUUCUACCACGUGUUUGGCAUGACCAUUGAGCAGUUUGACCGCAUGGCCCUGUGGAAGAAGAACGACAUGAAGAAGAAAGCACGACUCUUCUGAAACGCACACCGCAAGAAAGAGUGAAGAACGCCAUCCCCCUCUCUCUCUCUCUCUCUCUCUCUCUCUCUCUCUCUCUCUCUCUCUUCUCUCUUUCUCUCUCAUCAUCUCUCGCUUCCUCUGCGUCUCCUACUCAUUUGUCCCGGUGAAGAGUGGAGUGGGGACACCUCGUUUCUGAAGGGCACCGCCGUGCUGCUGAACACCUCAACAUCGUACCAUCACCAUCCGAGGGCAGAGCAGAGGCAACGGAAAAAAGCUGCACUCUACUACAGCAUGACUCUCGCGUCACUCUAGCGUUACUCCCAUGUUACUCUAGCGUUACUCUGAUGUUACUCGCCAUAGAGGAGACAUGAUUGGUCGUCCGGUCGAGUCCUACACUGUCUGAAUGUUACCCUGACAACAAGGGGGAAGAGUAGCGUAGCUCCUCUCAAGUAGCGUUCCAUUUACUUUUCUUUCGUUUUUUUGUCUUUCUUUGUUUUUGUGUUUCUUCACUCGUUUCUUUCUUUCUUUCUCUUUUUAUUUUGCUGGAGUCUACUAUCCACAUUUCUGAGCCUCUUGCAUAAGGGGUAUCUAACACUAUGCUCUCACUCUCUCUGAUUUAUGCCCAGCUCAAGGCUACCUUUGCUCUGAAAACUGAAAAAAAUAAGAGCUUUAGCUAAUCCAACACAGACCUCUUUCUCUUUCUUUCUUUGAUGUUUUUCCACACUCGUGUUUUCUCGCUCUUUUUCCAUCCAAAAAGAUACUCAUCUCUCUCUUCAAAAAAGCUCACCUUCAGUUUUUCCACCGAUAGAGCUCGAAAAUGAGAACUGUCGCUAUAGGAACCUUAUGACCUAAUGAGAACUAUUCCUAAAGGGAUAUUAUGACCUAAGGGGCCCUCUUGCAGGUGUGCUCCCUCUGUAAGUAACAUUUAUUGCAGUGAUAUAUGGGUUCUUCUGACUCAUCAGUUGUCUAAAAUGUCAAUGCUUCCAGGAUGGGCGUACAGAAGGGGAUGCUGAUUGGUCCCAAAGCGUUUGUGGGUGUCCAAUCAGGGAGGCCAAAUGGAAACGGUUACAAGGGACCUUGAAUCUAGUGACGGGUUUUGACAUUUACGGUAGCUGCUCUGAUCACCUAGCUUCAAGAAGUAGCUACGUCAGCAGCACCACCAUUGCUCCUUGAGCAAAUUUUCUAUCGAAAAAAGUGAACGAGAUCAACAGAUUCAAAGUUCAGCUGGCCCACGGUUUCAACUUUCACCUGGCCUGAAGUUUUAGAUACAAACCCUAACCCAAAUGAUUUCUGGGGGGGGAUCUCUCCCCCCUCUCCCCCCUCCCCCUUUUGUGCCCCCCCCCCCCCAUUCACUUGUUACUGCAGAAAGUGUGAGGAGCAAUACCACUCCUGCUAUUCAUGCUUAUGAAGCCCCUGCUCCGGUGUGUGUGUGUGUGUGCCAGCUUACAUCACCAGGUCCAGGGCUCUCUCACUGUGUCCCUCCACCACCUGGCUAGUGCAUCCUCAGCGCUAGUGCCUCCGCAGCGCUAACCCUCUGCAUGCUCUCAUUGCCAAAGACCAGGUUAGCAUCAUCCGCCAACCAGUGCUUGGCCAACACCACACGUGCUCCCCCCCCCCUAGAACUUUCUUUGAACGAGAAGCCUCCUCAAGAAAGCACCUUAUUCUAGAUUCUUCUAUUUCUGUCUGUUUGUCCUCAUCGCGAGUUUGAUUUGCCAACAGUGGGGAAAAAAAAAAAGAUGCGAGUUUGUGUUUUGUUUCUAAUUUAAGCUGAUUGUCCUUGCUGUGAGUGAUUUUUUAAAACUAGCGGAGCCAGGUAUCUGUUAGCUCAUUGUAACCUGCUGAAGAUACAGAUGAGUUGUAAAGUUGGCUAAGGGAGGUGGAGAGAUUGUUUAACGUUAAAGGCCUUACAAGUAACAUUGUCCUGUUUCCACAUACCCAGUUAUGAACCCAUAUUUUGGGUUGUGAAGAUGUGGAUGUCAAAUGCCAUUUAUCCAGAUAUCACAUGCGAUGACACUUUACUCGGAAUUGACACACACACAUCUGUGCACCCCCUCACCCCACCACCCAACCCACACCACACAGACACACACACACACACACACACACACACACACACACACACACACACACACACACAGACACACAGACACACACACACGUGUACACACAAUGUUUGAAUGCUAUACCCAGCAUACCCAUGGAUUAUUUUUCUACUGUUUUUCACUGCAUUGACUUUCUCCAUGUCCCCCCCACUGUUGAUAGAACCAUGACAUGAUGUAGCCUAGACAACCUACUCAAAGCAUCAUACUAUUUUACUUAUUUGUUGAGCUCUGCACACAACCUUACAGAUUUGUUUAUAUUGUAUGACAAUACAUAGCAUGAGCUUCAGGGGUUUCCCCAGUGUAAAGUCCAAUUGAAAAUGUAUUUUACUUUUCUCUCUGAUAAGGAGAUGAAGGGUAUGUAUAUACAUGUUAGUCUGGUAUGCAACUGUAAGCAUCCAGAGGCACAAGGCCGAGAACCUGUGCAGUUGGUUAUAUCGUAUCAGUCAUCUCUCUGCAUCACUCCUGGGGUAAAAUUACUGAAUGAUUGUAUCACCAACUUCAUUAUCCCAGUGGAUUGCGCUGAGUUUUAGUUCACGUGUGUGUGUGUGUGUGUGUGUGUGUGUAUGUGUGUGUGUGUGUGUGUGUGUGUGUGUGUGUGUGUGUGUGUGUGUGUGUGUGUGUCUGUGUGUCUGUGUGUCUGUGUGUCUGUGUGUCUGUGUGUCUGUGUGUGUGUGUGUGUCUGUGUGUCUGUGUGUGUGUGUGUGUGUGUGUCUGUGCAUGCUUCUCUAUUAAAGUUCUGGCUAGAAAAGCUGGGUAUGUUUUUGUUAUGAGACAUUUAACUGAAAUGCCUGCACACACGGCAUACACUGUUGUAAGUCCCAAAUUCUCAUAUCAAUACACCUAUUAUGGAGACGUAUUGGCAAUGCCCCCUGCCCUCUUUAACUGCGCUAACUAGCCAUGUAAGAUAUCUGUUCUUUCCCAGCUUGUGUCCUGGUUUGAAACCAAAUUAGGCAGUUUGAACUGUUUUUUUUUUAUACCUUGUAAAAACACGUGUCCUGCUUUGCCAAUAGUGGACUUGUCUAUAUAUGUAUGUCAUGCAUAUGUGUAUGCCAAAUCAAACAUCGAGAGAACAAGUUCUUCGAAGAGCUGUGGAAGUGACAUAUCAGAUGAAAUCUGAGGGUAACUCUGCAGGCUGUUUCAACAUUGUAAGACAGGUGUGUGUGUGUGUGUGUGUGUGUGUGUG